AUGGCAGUCAAGGCUGACAGCUCACAGUCGACGUUCGAUAAUAUUUUGAGUCAAUUCGAGCAGGACCCUGUCUUCCUCGAUCCCUUGUACCAGGCACCUGGCUAUUAUCUUCGACCAAUCUCACCCGUCCCCAAAAUACCCCUCACCCACCUGCCACCAAACCCCUCUUCAAGUGAGCAGGUCAAGAAAGCAAACAGAUCCUCGCUCAUCACCAAUACCUGUAUUGGAGAUGAUGACUUCCCUGCACAGAGCGGAGAAGGCAUGCAGUUCAAGCAUUCAAUCGAACACGUCGACUCAUCCUGGGCCGAUAUGAGCCAGCCAAAAGUCCUUACUGCGGGGCUUUUAGACCGACGCAACUCAACAUUGAGCAAUGAAGAGAGUCUUGUGGGCUUGGAAAGAUCCCCCACUCAAGUAAAGAUGCGCUUGGCAUCACGCAGGCCAAAGAAGGUCAGCAAGAAGCCCGCACUCCCUGCGCGUGUCGUGCAAGCUAGGGAAUGCCAUAACAACGUUGAGAAACAGUACCGCACCCGCUUGAAGCACAAGUUCGAACGACUUCUGGCUGUGCUUCAACUUUCAAAGACGAAGGACGUGUCCGGCGGCGAAGGAGACUCGGAAGCACCGGACUGCGGCUACAGCCGAGGAGAGGUGUUGGAUUUCGCAAGGCAGCGCAUCCUCGCCCUCGAGGAGGAGAACAGACAUCUAUCUGAUCAGGUACAGCAUCUUGAUAGGGGGGUUACGAUUGUAUAA